UUCCGGUUCCUGCUUGCUCUCGAUUGCCAGUUCCGGUUCCUGCUUGCUCUCGAUUGCCAGUUCCGGUUCCUGCUUGCUCUCGAUUGCCAGUUCCGGUUCCUGCUUGCUCUCGAUUGCCAGUUCCGGUUCCUGCUUGCUCUCGAUUGCCAGUUCCGGUUCCUGCUUGCUCUCGAUUGCCAGUUCCGGUUCCUGCUUGCUCUCGAUUGCCAGUUCCGGUUCCUGCUGGUUUGACCUCAAAACCUUUGCUUACUAGGUUUCUAUUGUCGGCACUUUGCCAACUAUCACCCGCUCCUCCG